AAUCAAAACAAAACCAUUUUUACUUUUCCAAGUGAACAUUAAACUUAAUCAGUUAUUAACCAUUUAAUUUAGUCUUAAUUGUGACUUAAUUUCAGUAACAUUCUUAACCUUCAUAUUGAUUCUUAUUUACCCAACGCUGUACAUUCAGUAUUUUUAAAUUGUUGUUUUAAUCUUUUUUGAAUCCUUACGAAAUUCAUAUAUUUAACUGUUAACUCAAAAUGAGCGUUACUGAAAGUGUUCCCUUGAAUAUUGCUAAGCGUCUUCUUCACAAAGGUCGAGCUGGAGAUAAGAAAACUUUCACCAAUGACCUGCAUUCCAAUGAUUUGUCAGGGAAAAAUGGCGAUAAUCAGGAUAUUCCCAAGAAACAAGCAGAUGAAGGUAAAAAAGCCGCUGCAACUCCUGCUAUUGUGAAACGGCAACAGGCGAUCAAAAACAGCGAAUGGUACAACUCGCCCACCGACAAUGUUUUAUCUCCUUGCUCUCAACGCCUUUGGAAACCAAAAAAGGACAACAUCGCACCGAUGAGACUCAAGCUCGAUGAUAGUCCAUCCAAAGGAAAUAUGAACGAGAUAUUUGAAGAUGAAAGUAUGGAAGAAGAUAAAUCAUCACAAUGUUUGGAAACAAGUAUGGAAGAGUUGAACUGUUCCACAACCACAUAAACACCAUGGUCAUCAUUUAUUUUCUAAUUUUGUUAUCAUAAAAACUCAACAAGAAACAAUCAAAACCCUCCAAAAAUGUGACGAAGAAAAAUUCAUCGUAGAUGAUUAAUUCUUACCUCUUAUUUUUUUUUGCAAACCCUCACUAAAUAGUCAUGAGAAAUAAUUUCCAAAUCUUUUAUUAUUACCAUGUCAAGCUCAGAAUUUAUCUUUAAUUCAAUUCUUUUUUUUUCUAUUCAAACUGUAAAACAAAACAAACGAAACAAAAUUACAUUGUAAUCAAUGGCAUCGAAAUAAAUUUCAAUUUGAAAUUUACAA